AUGGCUUCGGCUUCAAAAUUGCCCGCAGAUGGGACGAGAACCGAGCGUUUGGCUAGCUGGGCUGCCAACCUCCGAUAUGCUGAUAUCCCCCAAGAUGUGGUCGAGAAGACUAAAGAUUUCUUCUUGGACACGCUGGGCUGUACUAUCGCCGGUCGCCAUCAUCCAGCUGUCGUUGCCAUGUCCAAGUUCGCUGUACAAAUGGGCCCUUCCCACGGGAAGAGUGAAUUGGUUGAUGGAGACCUGAGGUUCACGACUAGUCCUGCUUUUGCUAGUCUGGUCAACGGUGCUUCGUCCCACGUGGUUGAACAGGACGAUCUCCACAAUAGCAGUAUUAUGCAUCCUGCGACUGUCAUAUAUCCCACCGCCCUUGCGGUGGCCCAGGAAGUUGGAGCUAGUGGAGAAGAUUUCAUUGCGGCGUGCGUCGUCGGUUACGAGGUUGGCUGCCGGGUAGGAGAAUUUCUAGGCAAGAGCCAUUACGAGCGCUUCCACACGACUGCAACCGGAGGUGUCAUUGGAGUUGCGGCAGCCGUUGCCCAUCUUUUGAAGCUCGAUGCCGAACAGACUCUGUCUGCAAUUGGAACGGCGGGAACACAAGCAGCAGGACUUUGGCAGUUUCUGAUGGACGCGACGCACUCAAAACAAGUGCACACGGGAAAAGCGUGCUUUGAUGGAAUAUUUGCCGCCUAUUCUGCCCGUGACGGACUCCUUGGCCCACGCGACAUCCUUGAAGGGCCCCGAGCGAUGGGUAUUGCGCUGGUCCCGGGAAGCACGAAUCUCGAAGCGAUUGAUCAGAAUCUAGGGGAGAACUACCAAGUAACUCGGUCCAGCUUCAAGUGGCAUGCGUCUUGUCGGCAUACUCAUCCAAGCGUCGAUGCACUGUUGAGCCUCAUGAAGAAGAACGGAGUUGCUUUUGAAGAUAUUGAGUCUGUCGUUGCACGCACCUAUCAGGCGGCUCUCAACGUUCUCGGUCUUAGCGGGAGGGGAGAGACUGUUCACCAAAGCAAAUUCUCGAUGGGCUUUGUUCUUGCCGUGGCUGCCAAAAAGGGACAGGCUAUGAUCACUGACUUUACCGAGGAAGACUUGAAAGAUUCAUCCCUGCGAGAGUUCCAAGGUCGCGUGACGAUGGAAUUGGAUCCGGUGAUUGAGAGCAAAUUCCCGGAGAGUUGGCAGGGAACUGUGAUUGUUACUACCAAGGAUGGGCAGAAGUUUACCGAGACAGUGGAAUUUGCAAAGGGAGAUCCUGAGCUUCCGUUAACAAGGAAGGAGAUUGAGAGAAAAACACGCGCUCUCGCCACAUAUGGUGGGUUCACGGACACGGGCAAAGUUAAUCAGUUGAUUGAAAGGGUAUGGAACCUCGAGAAUGAGAAGCAUCUUAAUGGGUUCGCCUUCUGA